ACAGGUUGUGCCAAACCAAACAUUUUCUCUGCAAUGACUGGUGGCACUCGCAACAAGGCAAGGUCUUGAUAAUUACUGAGUGAACAAAAAAAAUUAGAGCCUCUAUGCAAAUGAGGAGCCUUUAUAGACCUUGGAUGAUAUUUUUGGAUAACGAUUCGCUGCAAACUUGUGACUGAUCAGUUUAACAUCUGUGGAUAAAGAGUUAAGUGUGUCUUGCAUUUCAAACUUCAAGUAUCUGACAGCAAUCACAUCUUCAUUACUUUGCUGAAUGAGGAAACGGAUACUGAACAUUUGUAGGCUAUUAGAAUUUACCACAUUGACCAAACUCAUCCAUUCAUUAUUCCCCCUGCAUUUUUAAGACGCACACCUCAACCGAUUGAUCCGGGAGUGAUACAGCAAAAUUAGACUACCGCAUUCAUUCCAAUAUAUUUUUAAACUCUGUUCAGUGCCACAUCGCCAUGUCAAGCGAUACUUCGGAUCAGAGUAGGCGGUUCUGUGUGCUGUCUUGGGAUCAGGUGCGUCGUUUGAACUCAAUCCUUAGAGAAGCAAUCCCGAUUCACGGCCGCGGAAAUUUCCCUACACUCUCUCUACAACCCCGGCAGAUCGUUCAGGUGGUGCGGGCGCGGCUGGAGGAGAGGGGCGUGUCAGUACGAGACGUGCGGCUGAACGGCUCUGCAGCCAGCCACGUGCUCUACCAGGACACUGGCAUGGGCUACAAGGACCUGGACCUGAUCUUCGGUGUGUCUCUGAAGGACGACCAGGCUUUCCGGCUAGUCAAGGACGUGGUAAUGGACUGCCUAUUGGACUUCCUACCAGCGGGGGUCAGAAAGGAGCGCAUCUCGCCGCUGACCCUUAAAGAGGCCUACGUGCAGAAACUGGUGAAAGUAUGCAACGACACAGACCGCUGGAGCCUCAUCUCACUGUCCAACAACACGGGCAAGAAUGUGGAGCUCAAGUUCGUGGACUCUCUCAGGCGGCAGUUUGAAUUCAGCGUGGACUCCUUCCAGAUUGGCUUGGACUCGCUGCUGCUGUUUGACCACUGCUCAGAGACGGCCAUGUCCGAGAGCUUCCACCCCACCGUGAUUGGGGAGAGUGUGUAUGGGGACUUUGAGGGUGCCAUGGGUCAUCUGUGUCAGCGGAUCAUUGCCACGCGCAGCCCCGAGGAGAUCCGAGGCGGGGGGCUACUUAAGUACUGCCACUUGCUGGCACAGGGGUUCAGGCCCAUCUGUGAAACAGAGAUGAAGGCUCUGCAGCGCUACAUGUGCUCGCGCUUCUUCAUCGACUUCUCUGACAUCUGCGAGCAGCAGCGUAAGUUGGAGGCCUACCUGCAGAACCACUUUGCCGGCAUGGAGCACAAGCGCUAUGAGUGCCUGAUGACUCUGCACCAGGUGGUGAAUGAAAGCACUGUGUGUCUGAUGGGCCAUGAGCGGCGCCAGACGCUCAGCCUCAUCUCUAUGUUGGCGCUACAGGUGCUGGCUGAGCAGAACGCCAUCCCCACGGUGACCAACGUCACCUGCUUCUACCAGCCCGCACCCUACGUGCGUGACAUCAACUUCAGCAAUUACUACAUAGCACAUGUGCAGCCACAGCCACCGCUAGUUCACUACAGUAACUCUCACCAUACUUGGCUGCACUGUAACUGAGCUAACAAGCAUGUGCAGGGCAGAGGUGGAUGUGGCAUCCAAUGUUUCUCUCCAUUGGGUUGGAGCUGCGGAAUGGCAGCAUUGCUCUUUGUCUUUAAAAAUAAAUAAAUAAACUAAGCAAAUGGAAAUGUGACUUGACUGAAACGAUCCUUUACUGCUGUAUGAUUUUAGCCAAUCUUCUCUCAACAAUUGUAUUUCUCCUCACACAACGUUUGUUAAGCUGACGGUCCUUUUCACAUGUAGCAAGAAUGUUGAAGUAGUUCCUUAAGUGAGAACAAAAUCUUAGAUUUUUUUUAAAUAAGAAAAUAAAAACAUUUAUUUUGGAAGAAACAAACUAUGAAGCUUUAUUUUCAGACUGCUGCUUCAGUUGACUUAUUUUUUAAACAACAGUUACAGGACCAAAUAUGUAUUUUGUUCAGAACAGAAGGGAUUAUUGUGAUUCCAAGUGCCUAAAAUGAUCUGAGCAAUUUACAAAAACGCCUCUGUAAAGUGAGAGCUGUGUUUUUUUUUUUUUAGGGGUUUGUGUUGCCUAGAUUACUCCAAAUCUCUUUUCAGGGACCGAGACAUUCAUCUUCAUGCGAUUUAAAUAAAUCAAAUUUUAAAAAUCCCUAUCGUCGUGUUUUUAAAAUUCUGAAAUAUGUGUAUUAUAAGCAUAGCCUGUGUAAAUGGGAAAGAAAGGCCUUGAUACUGUUGGGUUCUGAGAAUAUGAAAUAUACUUAUUCAUGUCACUGGGGGAGUGCUGAGGUUUAGAGAGUGUACACCAGAAGGGAAUGGAUAUAGGAGGAACGUAUAUAGUGUGUGCAAUUAAGCUUGGAAUGUGUUGAGUUCAGGGAAGCGAUUUACAUGUUGCAGGCAUUGAUAAGGGGAGAGAGCCAUGGAUUAGUGAUGGAGGGGGGUUGAGGUCAGGUCAGGUCACAUUAAGGGAGAAAUAAAAGUUUAUGGCCCGUAUCACUAGUCUCCUGCCUAGCAGUAAAGAACGAUGUUUGUACAGAUGUGUAGGAGUGCUUGUGUAAAUAUCAGCGCUUGUGUGAAAAUGUUUUUGUCUAAUGCAGCUGUAUUGAUCCUCUGGGAAGAAUAAACUUGGUUAAGCUUU